GUCAGGACUCAGCAUCGACUGUGGCGCAGCACCGCCGGCUUGACACCCACGGCGUGGAAGCUACGCAUACCGCAUGGCAUGAGGUCCAAGACUCCAUGUAUUUAUAACUUCCCGUCUUUCUGUCGUUGUCCUACUGUAUUAAUCUUUAUCAACCGCCAAACCCGCAUCGCCUAAUCCGAGUCAUUGCCAGUCGUUCCAUCAUGCCAGACGUCCAUCUACUUGUCUUGAUCCAUGGAAUGUGGGUAAAGGGCGAAGUUGAGGACGGUGACAUUAAGCUUGAGGUUCUUCUCGCUGAAACCAAUAAGGAUGAAUCCACAUAUGACGGAAUCGACUGGGGAGGUGAAAGAGUGGCUGAAGAGAUUCGACAGAAAACCGCAGACUUAGAGAAGGAAGGUCGGAAGGUAACUCGCUUCUCGGUCACCGGUUACAGUCUUGGUGGCCUGGUUGCCCGUUAUGUUAUUGGACGGUGCAAACCCGUGAAUUUUAACACUUUAGCUACCCCACACAUCGGCAUACCCAGAUUCCCUUCAACAUUCUCUUCGAUAUCGGCAUUUCUGGGACCAAAGCUUCUUUCCCGUUCGGGCGAGCAAUUCUUCUGUGUCGACAAAUGCGCAGAAGACCCCUUUGGCGAGUACGAGAAGAAUGGCAUCAAAAUUGAUUUCCACGAGAAGUACAAGCAUGUCAUCAAAUCUUAUUCUGCCCUUCCUUUAUCAUCUGCAACCACGAGAGAGCCGGAAGGCUGGUUCGAUACUAUCCGUAACAUGCGCGCGCCAUUACCUCCGCGAUUCCAAGCCGAGUUUCCUUUGAACUUGGCCGUUUAUACCCUCUUACCAAUCCUCUUCCCGACAUUUAUCUGCCUGCUCUCAUUCGCCUGUCAUUUCAAUCGCAACCAGUCUCGUGGUCGAGUAAGACAUCUUGAAGCGCAAACAACUAGAGAAAGACUUGUUCACAUUAUCGCCAAACUGGAGAGCGAGCUCGAAAGCGCUGCAGUUGAUUUAUACGAUGACCCUGCUGGCACUCCCAUCGCCACAUCGCCGAUACCUGGUGCUGACCCCGCUGACCCGACCAACCCCACCGAGCCUACGAAGGAAAAAGGAAAGAAAUCGCGAUCAAAAGCCACCUCCAUACCACACUUUAGCAUAGAAAAUCUCAACAAGAUACCGCAGUUGAAGAAAGAGCGAGCCUUCUUUGAGGGUGUACGCAAUUCUCAUGCAAUGAUAAUCUGUCAAGGCGAGGGCGUGUUACGACACUGGGCGGAUCACUUCGACCUAUAGCUUUUAUUGUGUUUUCGUUGUAUUGGUUACUUACAUGUAGAGCAUUUACAGAGACAAUACUACAUAUCGACCUAAUAUAUUGACACUCGUGAUCAUGAUGGUACGUCACGGCGGACUGUCAUUCGGAGGCUUUUAAUUUUGUAAAUAUUCUUUAUCUCGACUCG